CCGUGAGGCGGGCCCGCCAUUUCCUCGCCCGCCCCCUGCGCCGGCCCCCUCAGCGCUCCGCGGGCCCGCCGGGGCCGUGAGGAGCGGCGCUGACCCCGAGCCCUUCCCACGGGGAACCGGCCACGGGACGGGGACACCAGGGCCCGUUGCCCGCCUCCGGAAGCGGAAACAUCGAGGGAAGCAGCAACCGGGGCGAGAAGCAGCGGCUGGCGGCGUGUGCGUCCCUAAUUCUCGUGUUUCCAUUCCAACGGAGUCUGUCGUUCUGCUCGCUGCGACGUUAAUAUACAACAGGAUUAUACAAACUAAGGAAAACAACUGUGUUCAUCACUUCUACUGCCAAACAGUGAGGAUGCUCACAUGAGAACUUGCUGCUCUUUUAGAUAAAAGCAAGGACAUGCAGGUGGCCUAAUCACAGGCAAAAAUGUCUGCAGCAUGUGACUUCGUUACACUCUGCACUGGGCAGAAGAUGCCUCUCAUAGGACUGGGAACCUGGAAAAGUGAACCUGGCCAGGUGAAAGAAGCAGUGAAAUACGCCCUAAGUGUGGGUUAUCGCCACGUUGAUUGUGCAGCAGCUUACAGCAACGAAGCUGAGAUCGGUGAGGCUUUCCAGGAAAGCGUUGGACCCAACAAGGUUAUUAAAAGGGAGGACCUGUUUGUAACAUCAAAGCUGUGGAACACCAAGCACCACCCAGAAGAUGUAGAGCCAGCACUAAGGAAAACACUUGGAGAUUUGAAACUGGAUUACUUGGACCUGUACCUCAUGCACUGGCCUCAUGCCUUUGAACGAGGGGACAAUCUCUUCCCGAAGAAUCCCGAUGGCACAAUGCGGUAUGAUUACACUGAUUACAAGGAUACCUGGAAGGCUAUGGAGAAGCUUGUAGAAAAAGGUCUUGCAAAAGCCAUUGGGCUGUCAAACUUCAACAGUCGUCAGAUUGAUGAUAUAUUAAGUGUGGCUACUGUCAAACCAGCUGUGCUCCAGGUAGAAUGUCAUCCGUACCUAGCUCAGAAUGAGCUGAUAGCUCACUGCCAGAAAAAAGGACUGGUUGUUACUGCCUACAGUCCCCUGGGUUCUCCAGAUCGCAUGUGGAAACACCCAGAUGAGCCUGUGCUUCUAGAGGAACCUGGGAUCAAAAAACUGGCAGAAAAAUACAGCAAGUCACCCGCGCAGAUCAUCCUCAGAUGGCAAGUGCAGCGUAAAGUGGUUACCAUUCCCAAGAGCGUCACUCCCGCUCGCAUUCUGCAGAAUCUUCAGGUGUUUGAUUUCAGUCUCACAGAAGAGGAGAUGAGCCACAUUGGAAGCCUGAACAAAAACUGGCGUUACAUUGUGCCAAUGCUUACGGUGAAUGGGAAGCUAGUACCAAGAGAUGCUGGACACCCCCAUUACCCCUUCAAUGACCCCUAUUAACUACAAAAUAAGGUGUUAGAAUAACGUGCUCCUCUGCAUACUUUUCCACAAAGUAAUGAGUGCCACAGUUUGUCAGGAAACAAAACAAAACAAAAAAACAAA